GCGCUGGGUCGGCGCGGCAGCUGUGUCCGGAGUGAAGGAAACGUGGCGACACCCGGGAUCUGUAAACGGAGAGGGUGGUUGAGAGGCGGAGACCCGGCGGCGGAAGGUGCCGGGGGGAACCAAGCCAUCUGCAGUGUCGUGCGCUGCGCAGUCUGGAGCGUGCCCUUCCUGCCCCAUGUCUCCCUGGCCUCUCAUCUGUCACGGCUCUAGGGAGCCGAGGCCAGGAUCCUGACCCGUCCGUAGGUGAACUUUUCAGGGGAUCAGAACAGAGAAGGAUGAAGAGACCUGUUUGGUGUUGAUCUGAGGACGUGGGUUUUGCUUUCUCGAGGCCUUGUGGCUGUUGCAUCACUUUUCUUGAAGACAUUCCAUUAUUGUUUCAUUGACCUCAUUACUGAGUCCUUUGGAGUUGAGUUAUGUCAACAGCUGCCUUAAUUACUCUGGUUAGAAGUGUUGGGAACCAGGUGAGAAGGAGAAUGCUGCUAAGCUCCCGCCUGCUGUGGGAUGACAGGCGGGUGACGCCCACAUGCUGCAGCUCCACUUCAGAGUUCAGGUGUUCUCGAUUUGACACAGACGGUAGUGGGCAUCCAGCCACCUGGGAUAAUUUUGGGAUCUGGGAUAACCGCAUUGAUGAGCCAAUUCUGCUGCCGCCCAGCAUUAAGUAUGGCAAGCCAAUUCCCAAAGUCAGCUUGGAAAACGUGGGCAGCGCCUCACAGAUUGGCAAAAGAAAAGAAAAUGAAGACCGGUUUAACUUUGCUCAGCUAACCGAUGAGGUCCUUUAUUUUGCCGUGUAUGAUGGACAUAGCGGGCCAGCAGCUGCUGACUUCUGUCACAUGCACAUGGAGAAGUGCAUCACGAAUUUGCUUGCUAAGGAGAAGAACUUGGAAACUGUGUUGACCUUGGCUUUUCUAGAAAUAGAUAAAGCCUUUGCAAGGCACGCCCACCUGUCUGCUGAUGCAACCCUUCUGACCUCUGGGACUACUGCAACAGUAGCCCUAUUGAGAGAUGGCAUUGAACUGGUUGUAGCCAGUGUCGGGGAUAGCCGAGCUAUUUUGUGUAGAAAAGGAAAACCCAUAAAGCUGACCAUUGACCAUACUCCAGAAAGAAAAGAUGAAAAAGAAAGGAUCAAGAAAUGUGGUGGUUUCAUAGCUUGGAAUAGUUUGGGACAGCCUCAUGUGAAUGGCAGACUUGCCAUGACAAGGAGUCUUGGAGAUUUGGAACUUAAAACCAGCGGUGUGAUAGCAGAACCUGAAACAAAGAGGAUUAGGAUACAUCAUGCUGAUGACAGCUUCCUGGUCCUCACUACAGAUGGAAUUAACUUCAUGGUGAAUAGUCAGGAGAUUUGUGAUUUUGUCCAUCAGUGCCAUGAUCCCAGUGAAGCAGCCAAUGCAGUGACUGAACAGGCCAUACAGUAUGGUACUGAAGAUAACAGUACUGCCGUAGUGGUGCCUUUUGGUGCUUGGGGAAAAUACAAGAACUCUGAAAUCAACUUCUCGUUCAGCAGAAGCUUUGCCUCCAGUGGACGAUGGGCCUGAUCACAUGGUGGGCUGGGACUUUGAAUUUCUGUGUAACAGUUUUUCACUGAGUAUGUCAAAAAUCAAUUAGAGCAAACAAGUCAACUGUGCCAGAGUGAUCCUGUGACUCACUAGGUCAGUGCAUAAGUCAGUGUAAGCUUAGUAACCAUUUACACAGUAGCUUUUCAUAAAUACCUGUCAUUUAUGUUCAACUGUACCACUCAGCAUAAAUAUAUGUUGUAAUUCGGUUAUUGUGUCUCCAACUUUAUGUACUCAGUAUAAAAAUAUAUUAUAAUUUGGUUAUUGGGUCUCUAAGUUGGGUGAAAAGUAGCUUUGAUACACUCGCUGAGUGUUAAAUUUAUAAUUUUUAACUCAUAGGCAACUAUGAGUUUCUCUUGGUCCUUUUGUCCUUUAUUCAUUUGAAUAGGUUUUUGUAUUCAGGUUUUUCAAAACUGGUCAGUAUUUGACAGCUACUCAAUGUAUUAUCUGCAAGUGAUUUUUUAAAAAUAACUAUACCAAGGAAUAGUCUGAAAACUGAGUUCUCUUACUGUAUUUUGUAUUCUGGGCUACUUACUGGUAAAUGUAACAAUGCAAAAGAAAUUAAUUCAUAAGAUAUGACACUGCUGAAUUGUACACAUAUUUACAACAGUGCAUUUGUGUAUUUUAGCUGUGUCACCAGAUCUCCCACCUCACCCCUUGCCUCAUUCCUAUUUUUCUGUAGCUAAGAAAUGCUAUAAAGAUUCGACUCUUCUUCAUAUCAGUAAAGAAUGCACAGGCUGAAUCCUUUGGUCAGGGCUAUAUAAAGUUAAAUACUGAUGGUAUCAAGUAUUUUGUAUAAAGUUUCCAUUUGUUAUCUCUAACUCUGUUUCGUGUUUUGUAUAUAGUAUGUUUAUAUCACUUUUUGUAUAGAAUAAGCAAGCUGGAUAAUUUGUCAGUAAAAAUAAUGUCAUUGAUAGCAUAGUUUGAUAUCUAUGUCUUUUUGCUUAUUUCUAAGACUCACAAGAAAAAAUAUGCAAAUUGAAAACAUUGAAACACUCUAUAUUUCAUCCUGCUAUGUAAUGUAGGAGUAUAAAACCAUAUUUCCUUACAUCUGCAUGUCAGUUUACUGUUAAAAUGUGAAUCUCUAAAUGUAUGUUGGAAAUUAUAUGUAUAGUUCAUUAAUGCAGACAGUGUAAAUUUGUUGUAUGUGUGGUGUAUGUAUGUAUAUAUAUUUUAGAGUAACAGAAAAUUAAAGGGAACAAUCAUGUAUAGCUCCUUCACCAGUUAGCUUUAAAUUAUUUAUGUGUAUCCCUGAGGACUCUUGACCAAAACUAAAGGCAGUUUUAUAGUGGAGAAUCAAUGGUUAUUGCCAGAUGAGGAAAUAGAUUUUUAAAAAUGGCUAUAGGAAAGUAUUUUUAGUGGGUAACUACUGUGGAAAACUGAAGAACAACCAGCAUAUUAAAGCUACAUUGCUGUAUGGUAAUUUGCAUAUAAAGUAAUAGGAUGUGAGAAAAAUACUGAGUGUUAAGAAUGACAUGGAGUUUUGUUGUAGAAACAAAAGAAAAAGGAACCAAAAAGCUAAAGUUGUUAUAUGCUUUAUGCUCUCUGUUUUCAGGGUUGACUUUUUUUUCCUUCAAGUUAUAUUUAAAGGCUAUUAAAAGGAAGCGUACCCAUUAUAAAUAUGCACAUCUUCUUCUCACCAUUUUGGGAAUGGAAGAAAAUAAAUCUUGAGUUUUCCUGUCUAUAUUAAUCAGGAAUUGUCCUUUGAAAAAAAACAGUAAGGAAAUAGUUCAAUUUUACUUUUUCAAAGAAGUUUGGUGAAAGAAAGAAGAACAUUACUGGAAAGAAUAUAGUGUAUUCAUUGUCUGAGAAAUGAGAGCUAAAGGUAGACAAAGAAAGCUAGAAAACUUUCUUGCUCUUUCUGAGUCAGGUCCUGGAACAUGAAUAUAGAAGCUACAUUUGGGGAUAUGGAGAAUUUCCAAACUAACAAGCAAACAAAAACUCUAAAGCCCAAAAUCACAUUCUAGGGAUAUAGGUUGCAUUUUUGUUUUGAGUUCUUCACAUUGCUAUUGCUCUUUUUUACUUUUAAAAGUAAGCGUGGGAAUGUUGUCAAGUUCAAAGGUCUAAGAGUCACUAAAGCAUUUAGGUGGAUUACCAGGUCUGACAGAGGGAUAUGUAGGGCACAUAGGCUGUGGUCUGGGUAGCUUCUCUCUGCUUUAUGAGAAAAACUUAAAAUCCAAAACCAGCCAACUUUGACAAAAGUAUAAAAACACACUGGUGUUCAUUUUUCAAGCCCCACAGUGUUAAAGUAUAAUCUAUAAAAGAUAAGCACACAUCUAUUAGGCUUCUAAGUCUACUACUGCGAAUUAUGCAAAUAGUAAAAAAAGGGCUGUUCUACAUAUAAUUGUUAUAACUGUGAAUUUGCCAUGUGGUUAUUACCAUGUGGGUAUAAAUAUGGUGUAAAUUAUAUUAAUCUAAUUAAACUUAAAUCAAUUGUAUUUAUGUUUGCCUUUGAGUUACAUAUAGUAUAUAAAUCAUCUUUCUGAAAUGUGUUGCCAAACUUUAUUUGCAAUGAUUUUUUUCACAAAUAUAAGGUAUUAUAUGCUGAAAAGUAAAUGCAGUCCUGUUGUCCUGUUGUCCAUCAACCAUUCAUUACAGAUCUUUCUAUUUCUGUGCUUCAAAGUCUUUCUGGGGAAAACAAAAGUUUUGGGGAAUCAUUUGAAUCUGUAUGAUGUGAACUCUUCCUAAGUUAACAACAUUUAAAAAAUAUGGUGAAGAAUUUCUAGCACAUAAUCUAAAUAGAAACUUUUUUCAAAGUGGAAUUUGAUUUUUGAAAUAAUCUUGGCAGAAAAUCUUCAGUAUCAGAUAGGAUAUUUAGUUUCCUUUCUAAGAAUGGACAAGGAUUUAAUUUCAUGGUAAUUCGAUAGUAAGAAAAUGUUUCAAGGCAGGGUUGGGGAAAGGGAUGGUUCACGUUUAGCAUCAGUUAAAUGUGUAUCUGUAUUUUCCUUUAGUGCCUCAAUUGUUCACAUACCUAUGUCUGUGGAAAGUGACACAAAAUUUUGGUUGGGUUACCUUUUUUUUUUUUAUUUAUUAGAUUUACUUAUCUGGAUGACUUAUGCAGAAAUAAAAAAGUCAUGUCCUUACAAGCCAGAUUAAGACCUGCCUGUUGCUUCUGGCAUGUGGAAUGAGACCUACUGAUUCUGGCAGCAACUAUUGAUUUGUUAGGUGGUUGAAAUGGUCCAUUGAUAGUCAUAUUGAGUGUUUCAGGCUGUGAAAUCAUGGAGUUCUUCCAUUUCUAAGAACCACUUAUCUGUCAUUGGAUUCCAGUACAGAAUCUAGCACUUGUUAUGUUCCAAAUUUAAUUUCUACUGAAAAAUUUAAUUUGUACAUGUGUUUUAUAAUUUACCAAAGAACUACUUGGCCAUACUUUGUCCUUUUUCCUAUAGGGAUUUGAUGUAAUUGCUGCUUUGACCAUUGUUUUAAUGUAUGUGUUAGAGUAACUGAACUGACUACCACACAUCUGAAGUGUUCAAAACACCAUUUUAAUAAAGUACAUUGUUUGCUUUUUGGCUGAAACA